AUGGAAAAUAUGCUCAUUAAGGAUAAACUUGUUACUAAUAUUGAUUCUACUACAAAUAUUGAUUCUAUUGCAAACAUUUCUACUGAUGAUGAUUUUGAUGAUGCUGGUUUAAACGACGAUAACAAUGUUGAUUUAGAUGAUGACGAUGAUGACAACGACAACGAUGAUGAUGAUGAAAGAAACAAUAUUGAUGAUGGUUUUGUUGAGGUAAAUUUGAAUGUCCCAUGUCUUGAAAAUAGAACUUUUGAUGAUUCCUUUGACGAUGCAUACAUAUGUAAUGUUCCUGAUGCUAGUUCUGCACCUCACACUCUUGAAGAUAACCAUUUACCACUUCCUCGUGUAUCCCCUAGUGAUCAUUGUAAUGAAAGAAGUCAUGUUAGUAGUACACCAAGCUCAAAUGCAACAAGUAUUGAUGAAGAUGUUUUUUGUGUUGGUCAAUAUUUUGUGGAUAAGAAAGAGUUGAAGAUGAAAGUACACAUACUUGCUAUACGACGAAACUUUGAAUUCAAAGUGAAAAAAUCAAAUAAGAAAUUAGUGGUUUUGAUUUGUGUUGACCCCAAUUGUAAGUGGAGAAUUCGUGCGACAAAGACAUGUGCAACAGGUUUGUUUGUUAUUCGCAAGCAUUGUAAUGAACACACUUGUUCUUUAGAAAUGCGACAAAAUCAUCAUCGGCAAGCAACUUGUUCUAUUAUUGCAGAGCACUUGAAAGCGAGAUAUGAAGGUGUGAAAAAAGGUCCAAAUCCAGCACAAAUAGUUAAUGAGAUGAACAAGAAUCUUGGUGUAAAGUGUAGUUAUUGGAAGGCAUGGAAGGCAAGAAAGUGCGCUCAUGAACUUAUAAGGGGUUCAGCGGCAAACAGUUAUCCAAAACUCCCAUCUUACUUAGGUUUUCGUUACAUGAGAAAAGUUAUAUCUAUUGAUGGAACUCAUUUGAAAAACCAAUUUGGAGGAAAUUUACUCAUUGCAACUACACAAGAUGGAAAUUUUCAAAUUUAUCCUCUUGCUUUUGGUAUUGUUGAUUCUGAGAAUGAUGCAUCUUGGAAUUGGUUUUUGACAUGCUUACGAGAUCAAGUGCCUGAUACUACUGAUUUAGUGUUUAUAUCUGAUAGACACAAAAGCAUUAUAAAGGGAGUUCGAAAUGUAUAUAAAAAUGCUUACCAUGGAGCUUGUAUGUGGCAUCUUGGACAAAAUAUAAAGACAAAAUUUAGUGGUAAAGGUUUGAAAAAGUUGUUUGAGAAGACGGCAAAAGCGUACAGAGUUUCAGAGUUCACAAAGUUAUUUGCUGAGAUUUCUACAAAAAAACCAAGUCUGGCAACAUACCUGAAGAAUGCAUCUUUUGAAAGCUGGUCCAGAUGUUCCAUGGUAAUCGAUACAACAUCAUGA